AUGGUGGUUGUGGUGGUGGAGAUUGAUGAUCUAAAUGUAGAUCUGAUUGGGUUUACUAUCCAGGAAAGGUUAGUGUGUUUUCCCUUAAUGCUCAAAGCAGCUACAUACCAAGAUCGCCAUGUUGAAGGAUUAAUAGAACAAGAUAAUACUGAUUCUAUGCAUGAUGACAAUCUUGAUGUUGUUGACCUUGAAGCUUCAACACCAUCAUCCAGUACGGGGAAGCGCCUUAUAGGUAUUGAUGCCAACACUUAUUCUUUGGAGUGGACUUCUUCAAAAACUGGUGCUAUUCCUGCUACCUUGAAAAUCCCAAAGUUGGAAAAGUUGGACUAA